AGUAGAGGAUCCUCAUCGACCAUGGCCACAGCUGCCUCGAAUCCCUACAGCAUUCUCAGUUCCAGCUCCCUCGUCCCUACGGACUCUGCAGGCAUGCAGCAGGGAAGUCCUUUCCGCAAUCCUCAGAAACUUCUCCAAAGUGACUACUUGCAGGGAGUUCCCAGCAAUGGGCACCCUCUAGGGCAUCACUGGGUGACCAGUCUGAGCGACGGGGGCCCAUGGUCCUCCACACUGGCUACCAGCCCCCUGGACCAGCAGGACGUGAAGCCAGGACGCGAAGAUCUGCAACUGGGCGCAAUCAUCCAUCACCGCUCGCCACACGUAGCCCACCACUCACCGCACACUAACCAUCCGAACGCCUGGGGAGCGAGCCCGGCUCCAAACUCGUCCAUCACGUCCAGCGGCCAACCCCUGAAUGUGUACUCGCAGCCAGGCUUCACGGUGAGCGGUAUGCUGGAGCAUGGGGGACUCACUCCACCACCAACUGCUGCCUCUACACAGAGCCUGCAUCCAGUGCUCCGGGAGCCUCCGGACCAUGGUGAGCUGGGCUCGCACCACUGCCAGGACCAUUCCGAUGAAGAGACGCCAACCUCUGAUGAGUUGGAACAGUUCGCCAAACAAUUCAAACAAAGAAGAAUCAAGUUGGGUUUCACCCAAGCCGACGUGGGGCUGGCACUGGGCACACUGUAUGGCAACGUGUUCUCGCAGACCACCAUCUGUAGAUUCGAGGCCUUGCAACUGAGCUUCAAGAAUAUGUGCAAGCUGAAACCCCUGCUAAAUAAGUGGCUCGAGGAGGCUGAUUCAUCCACAGGAAGCCCGACCAGCAUUGACAAGAUCGCCGCCCAGGGCCGUAAGCGCAAGAAGCGAACCUCUAUCGAGGUGAGUGUCAAGGGAGUACUGGAAACGCAUUUCCUCAAGUGUCCCAAGCCUGCAGCGCAGGAGAUCUCCUCCCUGGCAGACAGCCUCCAGUUGGAGAAAGAAGUGGUGCGCGUCUGGUUCUGUAACAGAAGACAAAAAGAAAAAAGAAUGACUCCGCCAGGGGAUCAGCAGCCACACGAGGUUUACUCGCACACGGUGAAAACAGAUGCGUCCUGCCAUGAUCUCUGACGGGGAGGAAGCCAAGAGGUGGCCCGCUGCCCUGGGAGCGGUGCGGAUAUCAUUUUCACUCCCUACCUUCCUUUUACCAUUACAUUCUUUAUCAUUGCUAUCUCUCUAGCUCGCUAUCUCUCUCUCUCUCUCUCUCUCUCUCUCUCUCUCUUUUCUUUCACAGGGGUUUCUAACUUACAUUAAAAAAGGAAACACACACACAUUCAGGCUUCUCAAUUCUAAAACAAUUAUUUUAAGCAGUCCAGGUAGCGACCUCAUAUUCCCUGCUGCCAGAGCAAUUUCUUUCGAACCUUUUCUGUUGAUCAAUACGUAUUGUUUACU